AUGCUCACGAAACGGCCCUUGAGAGUCGGCAAUGUAUCAGGCGCGACCGGCGACAGCCCCAAUGCCAUGCUCCGUAUGGCGCAGGACGGCAAUGUCGAUGUCAUCGUAGGCGACUGGCUAUCUGAAAUGAACAUCGCCUGGAAUGCCAUCGCCAAGGCCGAAGAUGCUUCUCUCGGCUACGAGGCGGGUUUUCUCCAACAGCUGAGCGAGUCAAUCGAUCUCAUCGUCGAACGCGAUAUCAAAGUGGUCACCAAUGCUGGAGCGUUAAAUACAGCUGCUCUGGCAGCGGAGACUCGGGCGAUGUGUAUGGCUAGAGGAUAUCGUGAGACCAAAAUCGCGCUGGUGCUGGGUGAUGAUAUCUCGGAUCUGAUCAAGGACCCGGAGGCCCGCCGUGGGCUGGUACAUUUGGAUCACGAUGACUGGCAAUUCGAAGACUGGCCUAUGGAAUCUCACUGUGGUGUGGCAUAUAUCGGCGCGUGGGGAAUUGUGGAAGCCCUCAAUGCUGGAGCUGACAUUGUUAUUUGUGGCCGGGUAACCGAUGCAUCUCCGGUUAUUGGAGCGGCCGCUUGGUGGUAUCAGUGGCAUCGAGAUGCUUGGGAUAGUCUGGCGGGAGCUCUAGUUGCAGGCCAUUUGAUUGAGUGUGGCCCAUAUGUUACGGGAGCCAAUUUCUCAGGAUUCAAAGCGUUGCUCCCAGAACUUGUCGAUCUCUCAUUCCCCAUCGCAGAAAUAAAUGAAGACGGAACAUGCGUCAUUACAAGGUGUGAACGAUAUGCUGGUGCAGUCACCAAACACAACACCACGGCCCAGUUUCUGUAUGAACUACAAGGAGAGCAUUACCUGAACCCGGACGUAGUGGCCAAUCUCCAUAAUGUUCAAAUCCAGGACAUUGGCCCAGACAGAAUCCGCGUCGGUGGGAUCACCGGAGUUCCUCCUCCAGCAACUACCAAAGCGAUUAUCGCAGCCCCCGGAGGAUAUCAGGCCGAGGCGACAUUCUACAUCAACGGACUCGACGUGGCCGAAAAGGUAGAGAUGAUGCGCAACCAGCUCUCGAAUAUCUUCCGGGAUCACCGCUUCAGCAAGCUAUCCAUCGAGUUAUAUGGCUCGCCUGCAGUGGAUCCCAAGAGUCAGCAAGCAGGGACAGUGUCAUUGCGCGUGUUUGCGCAGGCCCGGAAUUUGGAGGAUAUCUCCGCAUCAAAGUUCAAAAUUCCAAUUUAUGCAUUGCGAAUGCAGAGUUAUCCCGGGUACCACAUGAAUCUCGACUUUCGUACCAUGGACCCAAAGCCAUUCAUGGAAAUAUUUCCAGCAACAAUAAGCUGCAGUUUACUAGAUCACCGCGUCCAGAUCCUACCGGAGGGAUCAGAAAUUCCAAUUUCCUCCUCUCCUCUAACAUCAAAACCUAUGCUACGACCCUCGUACGAAACGCUCCACCCAACACCACUAUCGACGUUUGGACCAACACAGCGAGCACCCCUGGGAAGCAUCGUCCAUGCCCGAUCCGGCGAUAAAGCAAACAACAGCAAUAUUGGCUUCUUCGUGCGCAAUGAAGAUGAAUAUCCGUGGCUGCAAUCGUUCCUCACAAUUCCUCGAUUGAAAGAGCUAUUUGGAGAGGACUGGCUCGAGAAGACCGAAGACGGUAUCCUAAGACGUGUGGAGCGAUGCGAGUUUCCUAAUAUUUUGGCAGUGCACUUCCGGGUCUUGGACUUUUUAGAUGGAGGUAUUGCGAGUUCCAGUAGGAUAGAUGGACUCGGCAAGGGAGUUGGGGAGUAUUUACGCAGCCGUGUUGUGCCGAUCCCCUUGAAGUUCUUGGAGAGGGGGUGGAUAUAG